GUUUCACCGAAGCAUCCAGUCAACUUUCAUUUCAAUGGAUCUGAAAUUUCAACAGCUUUUACUUCUUCCCAUCCUACCUCAUGAUUAAACCAGAACAUAGCAUUGAGUUAUCUCGGACUUCGCUCACGAAAUCUCGGGCAAAAUCAGACUGAGUCAAUAUAACUCGAAAAACCGCAUGAAAGCCAGUGUAAUUCUAUGCACGAUCCCUGGCGCAGAAUGACAUUGUUACGGUUAGACUCCUUACUCCAUUAUAGCAAUACUGUACUUCGCUGCCUCUUCCGGUCGCGAUGCCAGAAAAGUAAUCUUAGGAAUGAAACCCAGGUUCCCCAGGUCUCGGGGAAAGAAGAGAAAUUCCAGUCGAGAUGCCGAAAGACGGCAUAAAACAAUCGAGGGAAAUGGAGGAUCACAUUCCCGAAAUAACUCCAAAGAGGACCAUCAUGUCAAAAAACCGAUACCGAUAGGGCACAGAAAAAUAAACCAUUCAAUGGUAAAUCAUCACGGCGAAACCUCAUCGGUCUCUGCUAAGGCUCUGAGGAGAGACGACAUCAUGGGGUCGACAACAUCCAUUCCUUCAACAUCCAUCAUCUCAGCUUACAGCGAUACUUCUUUGACCGACUACGACACAGAAAGUUCCAUCAAGCCAAAAAGUUCAUCGAACUCACACUUCCGCACAAGAUACUGGGCGAAACGAACCAAUAAUCCGACAGAGGAAAUCACAUUCAGGCCCGAGUUUCUCUUGACCAGCCUCGAACACACGCUUUCCCAAAAGGGACUAAACUUGCAGGGAUUUCUCAAUAUUUUCCGCGCAGUUAUGGAAAUGUUCACGCCACUCGGGCCGGUUUUCUCCUUUGUCGUGGCGGAGAUGAAGGAAAAGAUAGACGUCUUGGACGGACUGCGGCAGUCUGAGGCGCGGAGACACUAUGAAACGGUAGAGGGAAUGGUUAAAUACGAAACUGAAUUGCGUCUCGUUGAGGGAAACAACGAAAGCGGAGUGAAAAUGCAACAACGUCUUCAACGGUCCUUGCCUUUCAUCACCGAACUUCUCACAAACAUAGACAGCGUGGAUCCCAACGAUUAUCUUUAUCAAUUCGUUCGCGACGCCUACUAUCGCACGUUGGCGGGAUAUCAUUCUUGGAUAAUCCGCAAAACAAUCACGAUCGCACUUAGAGCGUUGCCGAAACGACAGGACUUCGAAACGAACAUAACAAAAUCUGACCCUGAGCGUCUGGAGACAUGGCGGAAAAUGGCCCCGACUUUGCAGAGACUCAUGAAUCGCGUGCACGCCAUCGGCGAAGACAUUUACGCAAAAUACAACGUUCCUCAAAUCCCAUAAAUAAACCAAGAAAAACUUGGUUCAAUCUCUCGAACAGUUUUCUGAUGUGCAUUCAAAGAUACAUAAGUUUCACAUUGAAAGACAA